CAGUUCUCAAAGGCGAUCGUCACGAUGCUCCGAACUGUGUUAAAACAUGCCAUAAGUUGCCUUUACAUUGUAGGCCUGUUGUUUGGAAAACAAAGUUUGGCAGACCGUGGUGGUGUCUACAAAGGCUGUUUCAAAGAUUCCAGCAAUAGAAUGAUGUGGAAUAGGUACGCGUUUAACGGUAUGACAGUAAGUUUUUGUUUACACCGUUGUUACGAACUACGCUAUCAGUACACCGGUUUGCAGAAUGGAAAUGAAUGUUUUUGUGGUGAUGAGACUUAUUCUAGGUUGGGUCAACAACUCGAAGUUGAAUGUAAUGUGGCUUGUGUCGGCAAUCCACAAGAAAUAUGUGGUGGUACUUGGAAAAACUCUGUCUAUACCACACACAUUCACACUGCUAUGUACAAGUCAUCUGCGAAAUUGGAUAGACUCUGUCGAACUUUAAAGGGAAGUUGCACAAGAUGUGCUACUGCAUGCUUGAGGGCGCCGCAGUGCAGAACGUUCCGUUAUGACGACAAAGGUUGCCACUUCGUGAUGUCGGAUUCUAAUGAUGAGAAGAGCAUGCAGUAUAGACAAAUGCUAUCUUCAAGUCAUCUGUGAAGUUGGAUGUCAAACAUCAAAAUGAAGUUGAAUAAUGUGUGCUAUUGCAUGCUUGAGAUUGGUGCAGCGUAAAGCGUUCCGUUUUGACGACAAUGGAG